UUUCUUUUCACUUAGCAAUGGCUUUCAUUUGUGUUGAUGUUCUCAGUUUUUUCUUUUUAUUCUUGAGUUCAGUUUACAGUUGUUCGCAGCCUUCUUGCAUUUUUGCUUUAAACAAUUCCGUAUCCAAAAUUCCAGCAAUAUAUGCUUUUGGUGACUCUUAUAUAGAUUCUGGAAACAACAAAUUUAUUGAUGGUGCAACAGCCACAUUCAACUACCUGCCGUACGGGAUUGAUUUCCAAGGAGGUCGACCAACUGGCCGGACAACGAACGGCAGAACCGUUGUUGAUUUCAUCGCUGAAUCUGCUGGCUUGCCGUUUCCUCCGCCUGUGAAGAGUUUGUCUAAAGACCAACUCAAGAGCACACUGACUGGAAUCAACUAUGGUUCUAGUUCGAGUGGAAUACGGCGUAUGCCUCCUCAUACAGCUCAAAUAUUCGUAAAGGUCUUGAGCUUGAAGGAACAAAUAAAGUUGUUCGAGCAGACAACUAAAAGCUUGAAGGGUCAAUUUGAGACAAGUGAAAGUUUUGCUCUCCAUUUGUCUAAUUCCUUGUUCUUUUUUCACACUGGUACCAAUGACUUAAGCGUUUAUUGGGAGCUUGAUGAAGAAAACAGGUUCCCUAACGUAGAAAAAUAUAUUCGCUACUUAUCAAAAGAGUUCAAGAAGAAAUUAGAGAAAAUAUAUGGAUUGGGAGCGAGGAAAUUUGUUGUGAACAAUGUUUCCCCGUUUGGCUGUCACCCUGUCUAUCUUCACAGCAAACCACACAGUACUUCCUGUUUGGAAGAUAAGAAUCGAAGAGCAGUUCUCUUCAAUGACCUUCUUUCCGACAUUUUGACGGUAUUAGAGAAGUCUCUGAAGGGAACAACAUUUAUAUUGUGCGACCUGUACAAACUGUUUGAAGAUGUCCACGCUUUGCCUGAAACAUAUGGGUUUAGAAAUGUUGUUGAUUCCUGCUGCAUUGACGUAGCGGGGAAUCAAACACGGGAAUGUGCUCCAGGUAGAGCCCCUUGCGCUGACAGAACAACUCAUGCCUACUUCGACCCUUUCCACCCUUCGGAGAGCAUGCAUAAAUUGUGGUUCCAACGCUGUUUCAAGGAUAUCAAAUGAACCUUUAUUUCAUGUAUUCAACUUUAUUGUUCAUCAAUCGUACAAACUGUUAUUACUACUAUUAUCAAAGCACUCGUUUACU